GCAAGAGGCGAAGCGGCACCGGCGCCUGUCAGGGGGGCAGCAGGUCCAGAGCGGCCGGUGCUCCCCUUCCCCUGACCCCAGUGCCUAGCCCCAGUGGAGCCGGAGCGCGGGUGCGCCUCACCACCGCUCUCACCAUGGUACUGUUGGCAGCAGCAGUCUGUACUAAAGCAGGAAAGGCUAUUGUUUCUCGACAGUUUGUGGAGAUGACCCGAACUCGGAUUGAGGGUUUGUUAGCAGCUUUUCCAAAGCUCAUGAACACUGGAAAACAGCACACAUUUGUUGAAACAGAGAGUGUAAGAUAUGUCUACCAGCCUAUGGAGAAACUGUAUAUGGUCCUGAUCACUACCAAAAACAGUAACAUCUUAGAAGAUCUGGAGACCCUAAGGCUCUUCUCAAGAGUGAUCCCUGAAUAUUGCCGAGCCUUAGAGGAGAAUGAAAUCUCUGAGCACUGCUUUGAUUUGAUUUUUGCUUUUGAUGAAAUUGUCGCCCUGGGAUACCGGGAGAAUGUUAACCUGGCACAGAUCAGAACUUUCACAGAAAUGGAUUCUCACGAGGAGAAGGUGUUCAGAGCAGUCAGAGAGACUCAAGAACGUGAAGCCAAGGCUGAGAUGCGGCGUAAAGCAAAGGAAUUACAACAGGCCCGAAGAGAUGCAGAAAGACAGGGAAAAAAAGCACCAGGGUUUGGGGGAUUUGGAAGCUCUGCAGUAUCUGGAGGCAGCACAGCUGCCAUGAUCACAGAGACCAUCAUUGAAACUGAUAAACCAAAAGUGGCACCUGCACCAACCAGGCCUUCAGGCCCCAGCAAGGCUUUGAAGCUUGGAGCCAAAGGAAAAGAAGUAGAUAACUUUGUGGACAAAUUGAAAUCUGAAGGUGAGACUAUCAUGUCCUCCAAUGUGGGCAAGCGUACCUCUGAAACAACCAAAGUGCAUGCUCCACCUAUUAAUAUGGAAAGUGUGCAUAUGAAGAUUGAGGAAAAGAUCACAUUAACCUGUGGAAGAGAUGGAGGAUUACAGAAUAUGGAGUUGCAUGGCAUGAUCAUGCUUAGGAUCUCAGAUGAUAAAUUUGGCCGAAUUCGUCUUCAUGUGGAAAAUGAAGAUAAGAAGGGUGUGCAGCUACAGACCCAUCCAAAUGUGGAUAAAAAACUUUUCACUGCAGAAUCUUUAAUUGGCUUGAAGAAUCCAGAGAAAUCAUUUCCAGUCAACAGUGACGUAGGGGUGUUAAAGUGGAGACUACAGACCACAGAGGAAUCUUUUAUUCCACUGACAAUUAAUUGCUGGCCCUCGGAGAGUGGAAAUGGCUGUGAUGUCAACAUAGAAUAUGAACUACAAGAAGAUAAUUUAGAACUAAAUGAUGUGAUUAUCACCAUCCCACUUCCGUCUGGUGUUGGCGCACCUGUGAUUGGUGAGAUUGAUGGCGAGUAUAGACAUGACAGUCGACGAAAUACCUUGGAGUGGUGUCUGCCAGUGAUUGAUGCCAAAAACAAGAGCGGCAGCCUGGAGUUCAGCAUUGCUGGGCAGCCCAAUGACUUCUUCCCUGUUCAAGUUUCCUUCAUCUCCAAAAAAAAUUAUUGUAACAUACAGGUUACCAAAGUGACUCAAGUGGAUGGAAACAGCCCUGUAAGAUUUUCCACAGAGACCACUUUCCUGGUGGAUAAGUAUGAAAUCCUGUAAUACCAAGAAGAGGGAACUAAAGGGAAAAUUUUCAGAUUAAUAAAAGAGAAGCCAACAGUGGCUGAAGAGUUUUUUCCAAAUCUACAAGCCAUUGGAGAUCCUUUUUAUUCUGAUACAAUGCACGAUUCUCUACGCGCAAGGACCUUCAACUCAUCCCCAGUGUUUCAGAGUCACAGAGACGUUCUUUGGCAAAGAAAUAACACAGGCAUAAAGGGAAAGGCUGCUGAUUUCUUUGGCAGAUUUUACUGACCAGCAGGAAAGCAAACUCUCCAGAUAGUCCCCCUGUUAAGCACCUUUUCUGCGUUCAUCUAAACUGUCCUUUACUUUAAUCCCUAAAUAUAGUAAUA